AGUUCGAACUUGGUUUGUGACAAUGCUAAGAAAAAAGAAAUCGCACGGAAUUCUGUGACACGGCGGAAAUUUUGAAGCGGAAAUCCUCUUCGCGGUUUAUCAUUUCACUAGUGGCUUCUGUGGCACCCCUGUAUAUUAAGUCAUGGCGUGCCGAUUAGCAUGUAUCCACUUCAAUUUGUAAAAUCAAUUAAGGACAAGGAAAUCGUCAAGGACUUUAACGCGGAUAUCAAUUAUACCAUGAAUCAUGAUGACUCUUCACCUUGCAAAUCACAGCUACCAAUAGUCUUGAACGGAAUUGAAAGCGAAAAAAUUUUACGAUUGAAAAGAAAAAGCCGGCAAGCGAACUUGAAAAAAAAAUCAGGUAUAUCAAAAAAGUUGUUAGUUCGAAAAAGAAAGGAAAAUGACAAAGAAACUUUACGAAGCAGCCGAAUAAAUACCUACGGAUGUAAUCACAACUUUAAUGCGAAUCUGGGACUAGUUCGAAUUAUUAAAACAUCCGAUAAAAUUGAUAAUUUCAUAGAUCAACCAGAAGCAUCUACGGACAUACCAGACAUUAACAUUAAUCAUAUAUUUCAAAAUAUUCAAGAUAAUUCAGGACAAACCCAAGAAAUGGAAUUUAAAAAAAAUUGUUUUAAAAAAGAUUACAUAGAAAUGUAUAAAAAUGCGAACAGACAUACAAGUGCGCUAUCAGAAGGAAAUACAAAUCCUUAUGACAAGGACUCGGCGAAAGAAAACAAAAAGAAAUAUAUUGAAGACUACCAAUUAAACGACGACUGUGAAGAAAAAAAUGUUGGAUCCGCUAUUUCACAAAAUAAAAUAAAAAAGACUAUACCACUGUCGUCCAAGGAGAACCACCUCGUUGGAGUUUCAGCAGGCACUGCAGCGGCUGUGUAA